CCCUCCGUCUUUCGGGGGCAGGGCAGCCGGGAGCCAGAGGCAGGUCCCGCUCUCUUGCUGUGCUGCUGGCAAGAGAGGAGAGUGGUGGGGAGCGUGUGUGGAGGGGUUAUUUAUUUAUUUAUUACUGCUGGUGGUUGCAGCUGGCAGACCUGGGAAGGAGCAGGCGCCAUUGCCAGAAGGAUUAUUGCCAGGGGAGGGGGGGGAGAGAGAAGACCCCCAGGCUCCCGGGCAGCAGGGAGAGGCGGCUCUGUGCCCCCCAGCUUGGCUCCUGCCGCCGGGGGAUGCUCCCAGAGUGAGAGGGGCUCGGCUGCCUCCCGCCGCUCUGCCCGUCCCCCCGCUACCACCCCUGCUCCUCCUCCUCCUCCCCCAUCCGGCAGCAUGCAUCCCUUUCGGCGGAGACCGGCCGCUGCCACCUCCAGCCCUGCCAUGCUGCUGCUGCUCCUGUGCCUGGGCUGGGCGCCGCCGGGCUGGGGCUGGCCGCGGGGAAGCGCUCGGGGGGCUGCCGGCCUGCCCCCCAACGCCACCACGCCGAUCUCCAUCAUGGGCUUGAUGCCGCUCAGCCCGUCCGAGGAGGACCAGAAGAGCAAGAUCGGUCGGGGGGUGCUGCCCGCCGUGCAGCUGGCCAUGGAUCAGAUCCGCAACGAGUCCCUGCUCAACCCUUAUUUCCUGGACCUGCGGCUCUACGACACGGAGUGUGACAAUGCAAAAGGACUCAAAGCCUUCUAUGAUGCAAUAAAAUAUGGACCUAACCAUCUGAUGGUUUUUGGUGGCGUAUGUGCAACAGUUACUUCUAUCAUUGCUGAAUCUCUAAAAGGAUGGAAUUUGGUUCAGCUUUCAUUUGCAGCAACCACCCCAGAGUUGGCAGAUAAGAAAAAAUAUCCUUAUUUCUUCCGGACAGUGCCAUCUGAUAAUGCAGUGAAUCCAGCAAUUUUGAAGUUACUCAAAUACUAUCAGUGGAAGAGAGUAGGAACUUUAACCCAGGAUGUACAAAGGUUCUCUGAGGUGAGGAAUGAUUUGACUGGCGUCCUGUAUGGUGAAGAUAUCGAAAUUUCUGAUACUGAGAGUUUCUCCAAUGAUCCUUGCACAAGUGUAAAGAAGCUUAAGGGUAAUGAUGUUCGGAUAAUCCUUGGCCAGUUUGAUGAGGAAAUGGCAGUGAAAGUUUUCUGCUGUGCUUAUGAUGAAGAAAUGUAUGGCAGCAAAUAUCAGUGGAUUAUUCCUGGAUGGUAUGAAAACCUCUGGUGGGAAUCCUGGAUUAAUUCAUCACAGUGUCUCAGCAAAAACAUUCUUGCUGCUAUGGAAGGUUAUAUUGGAGUGGAUUUUGAGCCUCUCAGUACAAAAGUAAUAAAGACCAUAUCAGGCAGGACUCCACAGCAGUAUGAAAAGGAAUAUAAUGCUAAGCGGGGAGAUGGGCAGUCCAGCAAAUUUCAUGGUUAUGCCUAUGAUGGAAUAUGGGUGAUUGCCAAGACCCUGCAGCGGGCAAUGAAGUAUCUUAAUGCUACCAACAAGCACCAAAAAAUUGAGGAUUUUAACUAUACAAACCACAAACUUGGCAAAAUUUUUCUGGAUGCUAUGAAUGAAACCAACUUCUUUGGAGUAACGGGUCAAGUUGUUUUCAGAAAUGGAGAGAGGAUGGGAACCAUCAAAUUUACACAGUUCCAAGAAAGAAAAGAAGUGAAGGUGGGAGAGUAUAAUGCCGUAGCUGACACACUGGAAAUAAUCAAUAACAGCAUCAGGUUCCAAGGACUUGAGCCUCCAAAGGACAAAACAAUUAUACAAGAAGAGCUACGCAAGAUCUCUCUUCCUCUCUACAGCAUCCUUUCAGCUCUCACUAUCCUAGGAAUGAUAAUGGCCGGUGCUUUCUUGUUCUUCAACAUCAAAAACAGAAAUCAGAAGCUAAUAAAGAUGUCCAGUCCCUACAUGAACAACCUUAUUAUCCUUGGAGGAAUGCUUUCUUAUGCAUCUAUUUUUCUUUUUGGCCUUGAUGGAUCCUUUGUCUCUGAAAAGACAUUUGAGACACUUUGUACAGUCCGAACAUGGAUUCUUACAGUGGGAUAUACAACAGCAUUUGGUGCAAUGUUUGCAAAAACAUGGAGAGUUCAUGCAAUUUUCAAAAAUGUAAAAAUGAAGAAAAAGAUCAUUAAAGACCAGAAGCUAUUGGUGAUAGUUGGAGGGAUGCUACUGAUUGAUCUUUGCAUCCUGAUUUGCUGGCAGGUUGUGGAUCCUUUGAGAAGGACAGUGGAAAAGUAUAACAUGGAGCCGGACCCUGCAGGCAGAGAUAUCUCCAUCCGUCCAAUCUUGGAACACUGUGAAAACACUCACAUGACAAUUUGGCUUGGAAUAGUCUACGCAUAUAAAGGGCUGCUCAUGUUAUUUGGGUGUUUCUUGGCAUGGGAGACACGAAAUGUCAGCAUUCCUGCUUUGAAUGACAGCAAAUACAUUGGAAUGAGUGUAUACAACGUGGGGAUAAUGUGCAUUAUCGGCGCCGCCGUUUCAUUCCUUACUCGGGACCAACCCAAUGUGCAGUUCUGCAUUGUUGCUUUAGUCAUAAUAUUCUGCAGUACCAUUACACUCUGCCUUGUGUUUGUACCUAAGCUCAUCACACUGAGAACAAAUCCAGAUGCAGCCACACAGAACAGACGAUUUCAGUUCACUCAAAAUCAAAAGAAGGAAGACUCAAAAACAUCAACCUCAGUCACCAGUGUCAAUCAGGCCAGUACAUCUCGACUAGAAGGACUGCAGUCAGAAAACCACCGCCUGAGAAUGAAAAUAACAGAGCUGGACAAAGACUUAGAAGAGGUCACAAUGCAGCUUCAGGACACUCCUGAGAAAACAACAUACAUUAAGCAGAACCACUAUCAGGACCUUAAUGACAUUCUCAGUAUACGGAACUUUACAGACAGCAAAGAUGGUGAGAAAGCAAUUUUGAAAAAUCAUCUUGAUCAAAAUCCACCAGCACAAUGGAGCACAACAGACUCUUCCAGAACAAGCAAAGAUCCUAUAGAAGAUAUCAACUCUCCAGAACACAUACAGCGUCGUCUGUCUUUGCAGCUGCCCAUUCUUCAUCAUGCCUAUUUGCCAUCCAUAGGAGGAGUUGAUGCUAGCUGUGCCAGUCCAUGCGUAAGCCCCAGUGCCAGUCCUCGGCACAGGCACGUGCCAUCAUCCUUUCGAGUAAUGGUUUCUGGGCUGUAGGAAAGGGAGAUCAGUGCUUCCUGAACUGCUUUUAAGUACUCAAUGACUGGACUCAAUAUCUGACAUAGAACUGCUACAAACAUAUAACAUUGGCUCUUAUCACAGAAGAACUACUGCUGAGGCCAUCAUCACAGGAGUACCAGUGUUACUCAUUGGGAAGGCGGAAGAGAGAGAUACACAAGAAUUCUGAUCUGUAGCCUUAUUCAUGAAGUCAUUAUUUCUUCACAUAGAAGUCACUGAAAAUGUUUCUUCCCAAAUUCCUACCGGCAACAAGGAGGCUGGGAAAUACAGAUCUUGCAAAAAAGACACUAGGAAAAAACAUUCAAAUGUCACUGAGCUUUAUGUGGCUGCUGAGAACAUGCAAUUCAAUACUGUAUCCAUAUAAGGAAAAUACAGUGGUUGAGCUAUAACAUAUUUAUUGAAAUAGAUGCACUUCAUUUCUACAAGAGUUGUAUUAAAUUGCUGGAAACAUUCUGCACUGGUUAGUCUUGCUUGUUUUCAUUUCAGUGAUGAUAUUCGGUAAGAAAGAAGGAUUUUGAAAAAUGAUUCCUCGGGUGUCAUUGAGACCCUGCAUUGCUGUGAGCAGGCUCACCUCUAACUAGCAACUAUACAUGAGACCGAAGCAAAAGCUGAAGCUAUAGCUCUGAGUUGUUACCAGCUAGAUAGCUGCUGGUUGGAAUUGGAGCACUUUACCAUUCUCCAAGGAUGAUGGCAGUGACUGCCAGAUUCCAGUGCUGACCAUCUGCAGCUUCAUUUUAACAAAUUUCUGCAUCUGUUUCAGAAUAAACACUACCAACAAUAAUAUACCAAGCUGGCUGGUAAAUCCUACAGCUGAUAACUCAAGAAGCUGAGGACAGAUGAGCAGUAAAGUCUUAAAGUCACAGCAUGGAUUAUUUUUCACAGUUUGUUUAAUUAUGUCACACAUAAUGACAAUAAAAUUAAUUCAGUGGUUUUGGGAAGUGGGAGGGGUUAGGCCACAGCACUUUGCAGCUGCAGACAAAGCCUGAAGAGCACACAGAUGUUAAUAUACACUGUGUUUGCUUUGUACCUGUGCAUGUAACAGUCAUAGUAAGUAAUCAGAGGGACAAAUCGAACUUACUCAUAGACUAUUUUAUUUGAACUGUGAAAAUACAUAACAAUUUUAUACUUUAGCUCUAUGCCCCAAACUCAAGUAAUUAGGAGGAAUGGCAGAGGUACGGCAUUUCAACCAGCUCUGAAGCCAGUCCAUCAGAAACGAGUGAGAUAUACAUGCAACUUCUUUUUCCAGGGGACUGGAAGUGUACCAUCUCACUGCCAGGGUUGUCUGCUAAUACUGUGGGGAAAAAAAUACCUGAAGCACCCAUGGGGCUCUCAAUUCUCUUUGAUCAAUGCCUGUGCAUCUCAGACCAAACCUUUGGAAUGAAGUUGCUACAAAGAUUUACAAAUUAGCAAUGACUGAAGCACAUGAAGAGGUUCAUUAGCUGAGGGACUUAUUUGCAGCUUUGACAAGCUAGCAUAAAUCUGCAUUAAAAAUAAAACACACUUCAUAGUGGCCAAAACCAGCAUGAAUAUAUAUCUGAAUCUUACAAUCAGGAGCAUCACAGAAUAUUUCACUUGGCACAUACAGUAAGAGAGGUUAUGGAAAUAUGUGUAGCUUUUAGAACAAAAACAUGUAAGUAUAGACACAAAUAAAAUAGAACUCAUUACUCUGUUUAAGCACUAAACACUGACAUUGUCACUCAAUGUGUAUUGACAGUAUUCUCUUGCUUUAUUAAUAUCAUCAGGGCUUCGUUUAUUUUAAAAGGAAUGUUAAUUUUUAAAAAGAGAAAAUAACAAUAUUGUAUAUAAUGUAUACACAACAUCUCUGUAGAAAUAUUAUUCCAACUUAGCAGGAAAAAAAUCUCAGAAGUAUCGGACCAUUGGAGGUGAGUGUGUGUGUGUGUGUGUGUGUGUGUGUCUGUAACUCUUCGUGAAUACUGGCUGUGUGAUGUUUAUUAGGUUUAAACCAUGCAGUACAUUCUUUGUCUUGAUGAUACUGUAGUUUCUCUCAUAACUUUUUUUUUACUUUACUGCAGAUGACAAGACCAACCAAGUGAAUAUAGCUAUUUAAUGUUUCUGUUCUUUUAUACUGCAGCAAAAAUGUACUGUAAAUUUAUGAAGAGGCUGUGCCCCAAUGGCAUUUUCCAAUGAUGUUAGUGCACAAAUGCUUUAAACUAGACUGGAACUGCCAGAAUAAAAUGUAAAUGAAGAAUUUCUUGUAGAACCUUAUACUGCAUGAUAUCAAUUUUUAAUAAACCAUUGCAAAUCUGUUUUUAUGAAUAAAAUAUAGAAAACAUA